AUGAUUGGAAACUACGGGAAUCGACACAUUAUGGUUCCGGCGGAGCACAUGGCCUUACUGCCAUUCUCUGCGAUUGGCCUUGGUCUCACUGGUCUGUUCACGGUGCCAGCUAUUGUCGCUAUAGUGAGACAGACUCGAAAAGGCGCUCCAAGAGAUCAAUUCUACGAGGACGAGGACGGGAAAAGCUCUCCCGAAGCAAUUGCCAAUUUCUCGAACCGUGUGCCCAAAGCUCUUGUCCUCUUCUUCUCUGCGGUUGGGCUCGGUACUUCCAUUGCCACCGCUGUUCUCACAGCCCUCAACCCAGCACGCGAGGGCUUAUUUUACGAGAACUGGCUCCUUUCCGCUUCAUGGUGCCUCGUGUCCCAGCAAGCAACGAUAAUUUGGGCCAUUCACGCCCCGGUGGAGGCCCACGAUCUCGGGGUGUGGACAUUCGGCUCAGCCCUGGUAACGGUCAUUACGGCUGUCUUGCAAGCGUUUGACGUGGGCGAUCACUUGAGACGCAAGAAUAAUGUCGCCUUGGUCCUCCGAAUCAUCAACGUGGUAGCAGCUCUCGCCACGCUCUUUGUCAGUAUCUCGAUCCCUCGACGACCCGAAGUAUUCUUCCGCGACCAGCCUGUGGACGCUCAACGGACCACCACUGUGCUCAGUCGCUAUACUUGGACAUGGGUGCGGCAGAUCAUUGACUUGGCUAGUAAGAAGGGUGAUCUCGAGGAGAGAGACAUACCCCAACCUGAUCACACUAUCCGUGUGGAUGCGGUCAUGGCGGAGUGGAAUUCACAUGGCUACACAAAAGAGCUGAUAUGGUCGAUACUUCACUGCUACCGAUGGCGCUUUACCCUGCAAUGGAGCGUUACUAUAUUCAGAUGUGGUCUGGGAAUUGGCCCCUUUUGGACCAUGUUGCAGCUCAUCAAUCUCCUGCAGGAACGGGGCGGCGGAGGCUCGCCAUCUCUCCUUCUCUGGGGCCUCGUCAUUCUGCUUGGCGUGUUUUCUCUCUCCGGAGAGUGGAUUGAUGGAUGGGUCCACUACUACUCUGUUGCCAUGAUCUCCCAGCCCCUGAAGGCUCAAUUGUCUGCGCUGGUCUACGAGAAAUCUCUCCGCCGGAAAAAUGUCAAAGCUGCUGACAAACCGAAAGAGACCGAAGCCCCUCCGUUUGUUGUUGGGGAGGAGCCAGAAGAGCCCUCCGAUGCCGUGCCUGUAGCAGAGUCGACCGAAGAGCCACCAUCCUCGCCUGAUCAGACCGGUGUGCUCAAGUCGCGCCAGGCUAUUGUCAAUCUGGUGGGCGUGGAUACCAGACGCAUCGCCGACUUCUGCGCGAUCCAAUUCUUCAUUAUCAGCAGUCUUGGGAAACUUGUCGUCUCCUCCGGGUUUCUUAUACAACUGCUUGGCUGGAUACCUUUCAUCGUCGGCAUGGCCGCUUGGGCCAUAGUACUGCCGUUCAACACGUACUUUGCCAAGAGGUACGUGCGACUUUCGCAGGUAUUGAUGCAUGUUCGCGACGACAAGCUUGCUGUGCUGAAUGAAGCGUUGCUGGGAAUACGACAGAUCAAGUUUGCGGCCCUUGAGAAACAAUGGGAGAAGCGCAUCAUGGACAUGAGAGACAAAGAGCUGGCCGUGACUUGGAGCAUGUUUCUCGGUGACGUUGUGAUCUUUGGCUGCUGUGUUGCUAGUCCCAUCCUUCUCGCAGCUGCUGCACUGGCCUCUUACUCCCUCUUGCACGGUGGGUUGACACCCUCUAUUGCCUUUGUCAGCAUUGGUAUCUUCAACUCCCUUGAAAUGACUCUUGGUGCACUACCCGAGGUUCUGACCGUGGGCUUUGAUACUCUUGUGUCGGUCCGUCGCGUGGGCGAGUAUCUCAAGGGCCCCGAGAAGAGAAAGAUCGUGUCUCAAGGACCUUUCGUCGCUUUUGAGAAUGCGACAAUUGCCUGGCCUGUGGAUGACGAGGUAGACGAGGAGGACCGAUUCUUCCUCCGGGACCUGAACUUCUCAUUCCCAUCCGGAGAGCUCUCUGUCGUCUCAGGCAAGACAGGAACUGGCAAAAGCCUGAUUCUUUCCGCCCUCAUCGGCGAGGUCGAUCUCGUUGACGGCAAAGUCACUGUGCCGCCUACUGUAGCACCCACAGAACGGCAUGACGAGAACGCACACCCCGGCAACUGGAUCCUCCCUGGCUCGAUGGCAUACGUCGCCCAAACGCCGUGGUUGGAGAGCGCUUCGUUGCGCGACAAUAUUCUAUUCGGUCUGCCCUUUGUCGAGUCACGUUACAACCUGGUCCUUGACGUGUGCGCCCUCAAGAAAGAUCUGCAUAUUCUCAGCGACGGAGAUAAGACUGAGCUGGGCGCCAACGGUAUCAACCUAAGCGGAGGCCAGAAGUGGAGGAUUUCUUUGGCUCGGGCCAUCUACUCGCGUGCCGAGAUCUUGAUCAUGGACGACAUCUUCAGCGCUGUGGACGCCCACGUCGGGCGCGAGAUCUUCGACAAGUGCAUCGGAGGGACCAUCUGUGAGGGCCGAACCCGCAUCCUGGCCACUCAUCACUUCGCCCUCGUGCAGCCUUUGACUAAACUUUUCGUCGUGCUUGGCGAGGGCUGCGUUCUUCACGUCGGCUUGACGUCUGCCCUGGAAGAGGAGGGGAUUUUGGAGCGAGUCAAGAGCCACGAGCAAAAGGGGUCGGAUCAAGAGGAUUGUACUGCCGGGUCGUAUAUCGUCGUCAGCUCAGAAACCUCCGUUACCGAGACUCCCGAUGAUCACGGCGAGGUCGACGGCAAGCCCGCACAGAGGGACAAUGCCACCGAUGAAGUGGCCAAGAAAUUUAUCCAGGACGAGACCCGCGAGACCGGUACCGUCAAGUCUCAUGUGUAUUUGAAUUACAUGCGUGACUGCAGUGGCCGGUUCCUCUGGGCGAUAUUGGCCCUCGUUUACAUUGCCUUUGAGGCAGGCAACGUCGGUAGAAGCUGGUGGGUACGAAUCUGGACCGGUGGACAAGGGAAGCAGCACCAGCAGACGGCCGCCAAUGUCCAUGAAGAGCAUGGGCAUGAAUACGGCUUUGCGCUCCAACAAUCGACAUUCCCCGCCUAUUCAGGCCCCUUAGUGGCUGAAGCCAAUGGCGACCUUGGAUUUUACCUGUCCAUAUAUGUCGCUCUCUCUUUGGGAGCUGGACUAAUCGGGACAUUGCGCUUCUUUUGGGGCUUUGCACUGAGCAUUAGGGGCUCACGUGUGCUCUUCAACCAGCGGCUGGCCAUGGACCUGGGCAUGUUCUUCACGCACAUUCUCAUGCUCGGUGGCGUCUGCGUAGCGGCCGCCCUUGUCUCGCCGUACAUAUUGCCGUUGUCUGCUGCCCUCAUCAUUCUGUCAGGCGCCAUAGGCAAGAAGUACCUGGAAUGCGCCCGUCCGCUGAAGCGUCUGGAGAGUACGAGCAAAUCGCCCGUCUUUGAGCUGUUCAACGCCACCCUGUCUGGCAUACCUACUCUCAGGGGCUUUCAGAAGACAGAUGUUUACAUUGAGCGCAUGUACCGGAGCCUGGACAUUUGGGACACUGUCAGCCUCUACAGGUGGAACGCCACGCGAUGGGUUGGGUUUCGCAUGGCUCUUGUUGGGACAGUGUUUACCACGACUGUUGGCAUCGUCGUGAUUGUCAGCCCUCAAGUGGACGCGGCCAUGGCGGGAUUCACCUUGUCCUUCGCGCUCGCCUUCUCAGGCACCAUGCUCAUGGCAAUUCGCACCUACACCAGUCUUGAACUGAACAUGAACGCAACGGAGCGCGUCAUUGAGUAUUGUCAACUGGAAACGGAGCCCCAGGGCGGCCAGGAACCACCAGCUGCGUGGCCGACGUCAGGGCGUGUGGAGGUUGAUAAUCUUGUCGUAGGCUACGCGACUGACCUGCCACCGGUGUUGAAGGGGUUGUCUUUCAGCGUCCAGAACAAUGAACGAGUUGGCAUUGUUGGUCGUACGGGCGCUGGAAAAUCUUCCUUGACACUGGCCAUAUUCCGCUUCUUGGAAGCGAGGUCGGGCACUGUCACUAUCGAUGGACUCGACAUUUCAAAGAUUAAUCUUCACGCAUUGCGGUCGCGCUUGGCCAUCAUUCCCCAGGACCCAGUACUGUUCUCUGGAACCAUCCGGAGCAACCUCGACCCAUUCAAUGACCGCACAGAUGACGACUUGCGCGAGGCACUAGCACGAGUACACCUCGUAGACUCGGCCGUCCCUACGCCGGCCAACGGACCAGCUUCGGCCGCUGCAUCGACGCUUGGACUCCAGAACACAAACGUAUUCCGCGACCUGUCGAGUGCCGUCUCUGAAUCGGGAGGCAACCUGUCGCAGGGCCAGCGGCAGCUCCUCUGCCUGGCUCGUGCCAUCGUAUCCCGACCCAAGAUUAUGCUGUUAGACGAGGCGACUUCCGCCGUCGACAUGAAGACCGACGCGCUCAUCCAGCGCAGCAUCCGCGAAGAGUUCACAGGGAGCACCCUCAUCGUCAUCGCGCAUCGUCUCAGCACGAUUGCUGACUUCGACCGUGUCCUCGUCCUCAAGGACGGUGUAGCAGCCGAGUUCGGCACACCCAAGGAGCUCUGGGAGCAAGAAGGAGGCAGCAUAUUCAAAGACAUGUGCGAACAGAAUGGCGAAAAGGAGAAAUUGCGGCAGACUGUAUAUGGAGAGAUAUAA